GUGCUGAGCUCAGAGCUGCCGCAGAGCCGGAGCAGGAGCCGGAGCUGAGCCGGAGCGCGCGAGUAGCAUCCUUGGUGGCAGAUCACCCAAGGCCGGAGCACUGCUGCGCUCCAGCUCAGGGAGGGUGACUCAAGAGCCUGACCACGGCAGGACCCCACUGGCCCCGAGCCCACCCCUACCCGGCGUAGCCCAGCCCCGCGCGUCUGCUCGCAGUAGCCGCCGCUGCCGCCACCACAGCUCCAUCCCCCAGCCCGGCCCCGAAACCCAGGCCGCCAGGAUGGACGUGUUCAUGAAGGGCCUGUCCAUGGCCAAGGAGGGCGUUGUGGCUGCAGCUGAGAAAACCAAGCAGGGGGUCACCGAGGCGGCAGAGAAGACCAAGGAAGGCGUCCUCUACGUCGGAAGCAAGACCAAAGAGGGAGUGGUACAAGGCGUGGCCUCAGUGGCUGAGAAAACCAAGGAGCAGGCGUCUCAUCUGGGAGGAGCUGUGUUCUCUGGGGCUGGGAACAUUGCAGCCGCCACCGGCCUGGUGAAGAAGGAGGAGUUCCCCACAGACCUGAAGCCAGAGGAGGUGGCCCAAGAAGCGGCUGAGGAGCCCCUGAUUGAGCCUCUGAUGGAGCCUGAAGGGGAAAGUUAUGAGGACUCACCCCAGGAGGAAUAUCAGGAAUACGAGCCAGAGGCGUAAGGGUCCACGAGGACCCCGCACCAGCAGCACAAUUCCUUCCCUGUCCCCGCCCCAUUCCUCACUCCCCAGAGCCAGGGCUGUCCUUAUACCUUUUCCCCCAAACACGAGUUCUUCCUUCGGCUCCGAGGCACUUCCUCAGGGCCUGUGUUAGUGUCUGCCCUGCCCUUCCGUCUGUCCUACCUGCCCGCGUUCAUCCCUGAGGCGUGGACUAGAGUCGGGCGGAGAGGUCCGGCUGGGAGCCCCGCCCUACCAGUGUUGCCCCUCACCCUCCAUCUGGUCCAGUGUCUGCUCGGAUGUAGCAUGUUCUAUGUAUUUUUAAACCAAGAUGGGAAAACUAUGGCUCCUUCCCCAUCCUAACAGAGGUUCUCCAAGGGGCCCCCGGGCAGCCCCACUUCGACCCCUAAAAUGUUUGUUUUUUUUUAACCCAAACCAGGAGCCAGGUCGUGCCAUGCCCCCUCCCUCAGCCCGCUCAGUCCAAGCGCGGGCGUCGUACGUUGUGAUUGUGGCAUGGAGAGUCCCCCACCCACUGUGUGAGCGUGUCCCGGGUGGGCGGCCAAGCCGCUCCCCAGUGUGUCCAUGAAUAAAGCCAAUCUGUCUGUA